CUUUGGUUUAGCAAAGUUUGGACCAAUUUCGAACGUACCUUUGUAACAGGAAUUCACUUUGAAGUUCUUUUAUUCUAUAUUACACCAGGCCUUGGAGAUUAUGUCGGAUACUAGGCUGAUGGAUACUGAACCGGGUGGUGAGAGUACUCAGUAUGAAUCUAUUCGAGAGUUCACGGAGACCCCGGCGAAGCAAACUGGUCAAUUAGGUGCAAACAUGCCACAUACGAGGAGUGAAAUGAUGCGUCUCUGGGAUCCGGAUACCAGUUCAAAGGUGGAAGAUGAGGAUGCCGAAUGGGCAAGGAGAUUUUCAGGACAAAGCGGUGUCAUGGGAGAAGUGGAUAAAGACCUCAAGCCCGAAACCCAAGAUGGCGAUGCAGAAGCAGCGAGGAGUAGGAGACAGCAGGGAUAUGGACCUGGUUCCGGCGUUGGCGCUUAGGAUUUGCCGCGCGCAGAUAUUGUACUAUUACGGUCAAAUGGAAUUUAUGCGAUUCAUUUAUUGAGAAGCAGAGGGGCUAGACGAGGUCGAACUGGGUGGCGUAGACAUGUUUGCUGUGCCCAGG